UAUUUUACUAAAUUAUUCAUCCUGUUCCUGUGAUAAUAUAGUUAUAAGGAGGAGCCUAAUUGAAUUUACUGUCUGGCUUUGGCCAAUAGGGCGAUAAGGAUCCAGCAGAAUGGGAUGACGGUGAAUCCUGCCAGUGUGCUGUGAAUGUGAAGCAGGAGGGGCUGGCAGUUUGUGUGCAGGAGGGAAAGCGAAUCGGUCCAGAGCCCCCGGAUUAGCAGACUAAGGAAAGGAGAGAAGGAAAAUAUAGCUGAAAAUCUAAGGCAUAUUUCUCCAGCAGGAUUUCAAGGGGGAAAGCCUGCCUGGACUGCACAGAAGUACCCUGCACACUCACAGAAACAUUCCCUGGGGCUGGUGGCACUGUUGUUCAGCCUUGCCCUUGCUGAGAAGGUUUCCACACAACACUGCAGCAAUGAAUUUCCUCCGGAGGCGUCUCUCAGACAGCAGUUUUGUGGCAAAUCUGCCCAAUGGCUACAUGAUGGACUUGCAGCGCCCUGACAACUCCACAAGCUCCCCGGUUUCGCCUGCCAUGGAGAGAAAGCAUCCACACCCACCGCAGCCCUUGCACUCUUCCUCUACCGGCACCAGCAUCUUCAGCUCCAUCUCCAGCGCCAUGAAGCAAACCACACAAGCGGCUGCAGGGCUAAUCGAUCCCUCGGCCAGCCCCACGCCACCGGCGGCCCAGAAACCCAAGAUCCUCCUGGUGAUCGAUGAUGCGCACACGGACUGGGCCAAAUAUUUCCAGGGGAAGAAGGUGAAUGGAGAAUUUGAUAUCCGAGUGGAACAGGCUGAGUUCUCCGAGCUGAACCUGGCUGCUUACGUCACGGGCGGCUGCAUGGUGGACAUGCAGGUCAUGAGGAACGGCACCAAGGUGGUAAGGUCCUUCAAGCCAGACUUUGUCCUGAUCCGGCAGCACGCCUACAGCAUGGCGCUGGGAGAGGACUUCCGCAGCCUCAUCAUCGGCCUCCAGUACGGUGGCAUCCACACAGUCAACUCCCUCUACUCCAUCUAUAACUUCUGCAGCAAGCCCUGGGUGUUUUCUCAGCUCAUUAAAAUCUUCAACUCGCUGGGUCCUGAGAAGUUCCCCCUCGUGGAGCAAACAUUCUUCCCAAGCCAUAAGCAGAUGCUCACAACUCCAAAUUUCCCUGUAGUGGUCAAGCUGGGACAUGCUCAUGCUGGAAUGGGGAAGGUCAAAGUCGAGAACCAGCACGACUUCCGGGACAUGGCCAGCAUAGUAGCCAUGGCAAAAACCUAUGCCACCACCGAGCCGUUCAUUGACUCCAAGUACGACAUCCGAAUCCAGAAAAUUGGCAGCAACUACAAGGCUUACAUGAGGACGUCCAUCUCUGGAAACUGGAAGGCAAACACAGGUUCUGCGAUGCUAGAACAGAUUGCAAUGACAGAGAGGUACAGACUCUGGGCGGAUGCCUGCGCAGAAAUAUUUGGAGGUCUUGACAUCUGCGCUGUCAAAGCUGUCCACAGUAAAGAUGGAAAAGACUAUAUCAUUGAGGUGAUGGACAGCUCAAUGCCCCUGAUUGGGGAGCACGUGGAAGAAGACAGACAGCUUAUAGCCGAUCUGGUUGUUUCCAAAAUGUCUCAGCUUGUCAUCACUGCUGGAUCUACACCAUCACCGCUGAGGCCUUGGCCUCCACAAGUUCAGCCUGCGUCAAUGAAAUCUCAGACUGGACCUCAGCUUGGACAGCUCUCCCAACCACGGCCUCCUCCCCAAGGUGGACCGCGCCAGCCUCAAGGAUCUCAGCCUCCACGGACAAGUGCACCUCCACAGCAGCGGCUCUCUCCUCAAGGACAGCAGCCCCAGAGUCCCCAGUCCACCUCACCUCAGCAGCAAAGGUCACCUGGAUCUCCACAGCAAGUCCGAUCAGCAACCGGGUCCUCUCCAGUCCAGGCUUCCAAGGCAGGCGUGUUCCCUCCACAGCAGCCCAGACCUCCCGCUCAAGGCCGGGCUCCUAGCCAGCCAAGCCCCACUGAAACAUCCAAGCAGCAAGCCACCCCACACCCACAUUUGAACAAAUCGCAGUCCCUGACAAACACCUUCAGCAUUUCUGAAUCAUCUCAGAGGGGAAAUGCCAAUGAAGACGAAGCAAAAGCUGAGACCAUUCGCAACCUGAGGAAAUCAUUUGCUAGCCUGUUUUCCGAUUAACAGCCCUGCAGCUGGAUCUGUGCUUUUGCCAGCCUUCACUCUUCAUAUCAGCAUAUCUGAUGUCAUCCUGGAAUAUACUCAGUGGUACUCAGCAAUUUACAGCUAACACCUGGGUAAAGGGAAUUUAGAAAACUAUAGUUGUUUUAAUACAAAGAAAAUAUUCUAUUAAGGGUCUGAAAAGUGACUGCAUAGAAGUGGCACUAUUUCAUUGUUUUUUGUGCAUAAUCAGAAUCACACCUGUUCAAAUGACUGAGGUGUAAAGCAAAUUUUACUCUUGCUAACCCCUGUGGAGUCAACACAGUUAUGACAGUGCAAACUGGAUUUUAUUUCGAUUUGUAUAUAGUCACUACAAUUGCUAACUUCCAAUUACUGAAUCCUUGCUGAGGUUGAGCUAAAAACAUAUAGAGGCUUAUUUCAGAAACAGACGUGCAGACCGAGUCAAGAAUGAGUAUUCAUUGACUGAUACAGUGAGCAUGCUUGAGCAUAGACACACAGUGAUCUGUGGAACUUCAUGAUACCAACUUUAUAAGAAGUCGCUUUUCAGAGCAGAACUACAUUCAAGUCGAAUACGGUACCAGGCAUCAGUAAGCACCAAAGAUCACAUGAGCAGGUCAUCCAGAUGGACUGCUGGUUUAUUCCAGAUCACUCUGUCCAUAGCAGAUAAAACAUCUCUGUUUCAUGUCUUGCAUUUAUGUCCCCUGCACGUGAUUCCUGAGUGCUGAGAGAAAAAUGUCAUGUUCUAACCCUGUAGCCUUAGCUCAAAAAUAAGCCGAGAAAUGGGCCUUCCACACAAAAAAAAACUUCCUCCCCUGCCCCUGGAAACACCAGAGUUCAUGUUCACAGAUCACACAAAUUCCAGACAAAACCCAGCUAAACUCCAAGCACUUUGGUGACUUGGUCACAUCUGGCUAAGUAUGUUCCCCAGGGAACAUGCUUAAUUAAUAGCAGAGCUGAUGAAGUGCACAUACUUGUGUGCUGAGUGUUCCAUAAUACUGAAUGCACAGAGAUGGAGUGAAAUCCUGUCGCUCUCCUCGAACUCCCACUACCUUCACUGGGCUGAGUGCAAAAUGAAUGCAAGGCGACAAACCUGCAAUAGAACAGGAAAGCUAUCCUUUACAAAUAAGAUGAGCUGGGGUCCAUCCACAGACACCAAGCCCUGGGAGGGCAUGUAUGGGAUUGCCCCAAGCAGGUAAUGAUCAGUAUUAGUCCUCCCCGAUCACCCCCAAGAAUUAUUCUUCCAGAGAAGACAGAGAUGGAUCUUUGCCAGGUGUGCUUUUCUUCUAAGCCUGCAACACAGAAUGAAGCUGUGUAUGAGCACAAAUAUGGGAACUGGGACACAGCAAAAAAACAGGAAUGACACAAGGUACAUUCACAACUGAAAAAAACCACCCCUGGUAAAUCAAUGUAUCUGUGGCUACUUCUGCCAGCUGAGAACCUACCCCUCGAACCGUGCUUGUUCUAUUUAUAACACACCUUAUGCAGGCACCAGUCCUCAUCCCACCUCCCUGACUUUUCUUCAACUUUUGUCAAGUAUUUUAGUCACAAACCAUGCAUAUGGCUUCAAGGACCAACUGUCGAUGUUGUGCUUCCCUUAGGAACUUCACCUUGGUGACACUUAGGAAUGGCCAGGAAGGCAGGGAGGUCAGUAAGUUAAAAACAUCUGAGCCAAUGGCACAGAUCUUAGCUGUCACUUACAGGGAGAUCCCCAAAGCAGCAAAAGCAACAGCAGCAUUUGCCAUCUUGGAUCUUAUGAUUCACUGGUGGGAAUAAAGCCAAACAAGCAAUUCCUUCCUGCACAGCACCUGUAAGGAAUAUCUAAAUCCAAUGCAAUCGUCUGGACCUUGUGUGACCUACCCCUGAGCAGGCCUUUACACAUAUAAUGGCUUUUGUGAUCAGUGCACUUUCAGCCAAGCAACAGCAUAGCUUUUCCAGGUUGGAAGGCUCUUGAGGGACUCAUCUGGAUCUCUGAUUUAUACCUCAAGUGCAGUAUUAUAGAACCACCCUAUUCCCUAGUGAGUUAUUCUUUUUUUUCAGUUCUGUGUUGUCCUUCCAGGUUUGCUAAGCAGUUUACAAUGUAGCAUCAUAAGUACAUGUCAUUGUCUGAGAAAAACAACAGAGCCUGCUGUUUUGCAGUCUCCAGGAGCAAUAAAAGAGUGACAAAUGGCCCUGAGCAAGCAUUGUCCCACUGGCAGGAACAAUAGCAGAUUAACAGGCUCCACUAUAUGGAAAGGAGGUAAUACAACCCUGGUGGGAGAGGAUUUCCUUCUGUAACGCAUCCCUCAGCAUGCUUUAUGCCUUUCCCUACUAAAUGGUCACCAGAGAUGCAAAGACAGAAAUAAAAGUUUACUACCAGAAUCCUCAAUUGCUCUAUCCCCCGAAAUCUUUUUAUGUCUCUCUUACCAACACAACCGAUACAAAAAAUAAGCGACUAGUAUGGUACGGCCCCACAGAUCGACCGCAGUUCACCACUAAAACCACAAUGGUGGGAUCAUUUGCUGAUGCUGCAUUUGAACACAGCAGGGCUGUCCUCCAGCAGACCACAGUAACAGGAUAGCACUGUUGACUCGAUACCCAGCAGCGACUCAGAUCUCUUCACUUGCCUACAGCUCCCAGCUGUCAUCUUUCAAGGGACGAGCAAACAGAAUGGCAUCUCCCCUCCAGCUUGCAAAAACAAGUAAAAGCAAGAGGCACUCUCAGCUUAACUUGGUUACUCCCACAGUUCCUGAAAAGCAUCUUCAGUUCUACCUUUAAUGAAAACGCUGGGUUGAUUUCCUAAGUUCAAAUGGUGAAACUCUAUACUGUGUCCUAUAAAUGUUCCAACAGCACACUUCGAUCUACAGCUAUGAGGCUCACAUACUAAAUGUUGUGGCUAGCAGGAGAUUCACAAAUGCAUCAUCAUCCAUUCACGCAGCCACAGAACCUUCAGCCUAACCAGGUCGCCAGACACGACCUGCAAUUAUCCCAAGGACUGCUCAAGCCCCAGCUACGGCUCACAGGAGGAAGGGAAUGCAGAUAAAGGCAUGUCGGUGUCUUCUCAGGUACAGCUUUCCCGAUCUUUGAUGCAGGGCUUCUCUUCCAAAAUGCCUGCAAUCUAACAAAGCAAAAGGGAGAGGGAAUACGAGGAGUACAUGCUCCAUUUAUACGAAUGGGGAACUCAGGUACACCCAAAAUGCAUUUAGGUACCUAAAUGUAACAGCUGGAGUUAGGAGCAGCGAGAAAGCGGCAGAAAAGCUGGUGACUAGAAGUUACAUUUAAAUCACAGGGCAGCCAUACCCCACAGCAUGCCUUGGGACCUUUCUCACACAGCUGUCAAAACUGAGCACUUGGUCAGUGUCUCCCUCUUGUCCCGCAUGCUUCGAUUUUCUUCACAUGGAAGCCAGGAAACAUUAAUGGAUUUGUGUUUGGAUCCAGCCCAAGAAGGAGCUGAGACACAGUUAUGACACCCACUCACAGCCAGCACCUGGAAAGUCAGUUUACAUUCUGCAGUUUAGAUGCAGACUGAGAAACAUCUUGACUUUCAUGUAAUACCUAGGUGUGGUAUUUCAAGAGGAAAGUCACUUACAUUCCCAUGCAACUAGAAGUCUUGUAUAAAGCUAUGCUUCAGAAGAAUAGGAGUCCUCCUCAUAACUGCAGUGGGAUUUUCUUUCACUUAAUCACAGGCAGGUACGUAAGACCCUACACCCAUCUGGCUGGUAUAAGUUUUGUGAAUAAGCAAAAAUAAUAACUAGAAAAGCCAAGGACAAUAGUUCCUUAUUUCCAAGUAACUACUAGUGGCAACCCUAACAGUGCUAGAUACAGAUGAACAGUUUGGGUAAGAAACACCCAUCUUCAGACAUUUCCUCUUUCGUGACAGUUCACAAACAGCAACGACAUGCGUACGUGACUUAGGAGCUAGCAAAUAAACAAAACAAGUAGCUAGUUUUCAAAUAUUUCCUCUGUUUUGUCUGCUAACUUUAUACUGUUGGUCCUGAGAUAUUCACUUUGUAUUUCAGAGCCUGCUUUAUAAAUAAAUGGAACUCCUCUUUAGGGAACUUGACAGUUCAGAGUAAGUCAGGUUCCUUUAUCUCUGGCUCACAAUACAUUUAGUGUAAUUGAAGACACAAUGAAGAAAGGGAAAGACUAUCUUCAGGUCACUUAGCAGUGUAUCUGUAAAAAGGUUAAGUUCAUUUCUUCAGAAACAUUCAAAUGACAAAAUCCAGGAUAAAGAGAACGUGUGGCAUCUGCCUGGCAGAAGUAGGACAAGGUUUUCUUCAUGGCAGAGAGGGCCCAGCUCCAGAGCAGCUUGGGGCACGCAGCACAGCACGCACCGUGACUGCCAGCAAAGCAACCUGAGCGCCACCGGCACCACAAGAUUAUCGUGUCUCAUGCACAUAGAGAUCACUGUUCCCAAAACUGGCUCGAAAAAAAGUAUGAAGUUACCAAUUAUUUUGUCAGUUAAAGCUGUAUAACCUUAUCUGAAUAUCAUGUAUGCAUUUCUGAAGCACUCAUCACAAGGACAAAGUGGUGCAAGGCCAACACAGUGUAGAUUUCCCUUCUCCUUUUUUACAGUCAGUGGAUUAAAAAAAAAAAAAAAAAAAAAAAAA